UUCCGAAACGCAAGUGACGUUUGUAUCUGUUACGUGGACUGUCGCCAACAAGCGCGUGACUUUUCCCCACACAGCUUUCUGUUAAGGCGGCUCGUGCUGUGAUCAUGGCUGUUACACUUUGUGUUGUUUUUGCACUUUUAGCUUCUGUUCACACUUGUGAUGGGAAGUUGCGUUUUGCCUCCUACUAUGGAGACCACAUGGUGCUGCAGAAGUCUCCAGAGAGAGCUGUGCUGUGGGGAUAUGGCCCCGAGGGUGCACAGGUUACCGUCUCCUUGUCAGGUUUAUUUAAACGACAAGCCUCACCGGUCACUGUGACAAACGGCAUUUGGCAAGUGACCCUUGACCCUGUUGCUGCUGGUGGUCCAUAUAAUGUGACAGCAAAAGUUCAAAACGAUUCAGCUACUCUUACAGAUGUGCUGUUUGGAGACAUUUGGAUGUGUGGAGGGCAGAGCAACAUGUGGUUUAACAUGACUCAGAUUUUCAAUGCAACUGAGGAGCUGUCUGUUGUUGCUAAGUAUCCUUAUGUGAGGCCUUUUAUGGUAGCCUUGAACACAAGUGACAUCGAGUUAAUGGAUCUGAUAGAAGUAGAGAUUCCCUGGUCUGUGCCCACUGCCAGUGUGGUGGAAGGGUUUUCUGCUGUGUGCUGGCUCUUUGGACGUUACAUGUAUGAGACCUUGAAGUACCCCAUAGGACUGGUGGAGUCCUGUUGGGGUGGAACACCAGUCGAAGUGUGGUCAUCUUCAAGAGCCCUGAAACAGUGUCAAGAAGUGCCAGUUGUAGACGGACCUAAAAAAAAUUCUAUUUUGUGGAAUUCAAUGAUCCACCCAUUGCUCAAUAUGACCAUCAAAGGAGCCCUCUGGUACCAAGGUGAGGCCAAUGCAGAGUAUAACCAGGACAAGUACAACUGUUCCUUCCCAGCUAUGAUUGAUGACUGGAGGAUGGCAUUUCAUCAGGGCUCAGGGGGGCAAACAGCUCCUGACUUCCCCUUUGGGUUUGUCCAGCUGUCCACUUACAGAAAGACCUCCAAAGAUGAUGGCUUUCCAAACAUCCGCUGGCACCAAACAGCAGACUUCGGUUUUGUUCCUAAUCUCAGGAUGAAGAAAACCUUCAUGGCUGUGGCUUUGGAUUUACCAGAUGCAACUUCGCCGUAUGGCACGAUCCAUCCCAGAGACAAGCAGGAUGUAGCCUAUAGACUGACACUGGGUGCUAGGGCUGUGGCUUAUGAGGAAGAGAAUGUUCCCUUCCUCGGACCUUUCCCCAAAGAAAUUGCAUCCACUCAGAUGUACGUCAACAUUACCUAUGACCAGGCAGUCUCUGUCACACCAUCCAAAGACAUCUUUGAGGUCUGUUGCUCGGAUAUUUGGGCUCCAUGUGGGCCUAAGUCCCUUUGGCUUCAAACUCCUAUAGUGUGGUGGGAUCUGACCACCAUCCAGCUGUCAGCUGCUGUGUGUCAGUCGUCUGAAGUCGCUGCUGUUCGAUACGCUUGGAGAGACUGGCCCUGUGAGUUUAAAGCCUGUCCAGUCUACAGCGCCAGUUGGAUUUUACCAGCACCUCCUUUCAUCAUCAAUCACUCUUCAUGGAAAGGAGGCGUUUGGAAAAGCUACUAACCCUGAAACUGUGACAAGACAUUUGUCUCUACGGUCAGUUGGGAUAACUGGGCAUGGUGUUGAUUGGCGACCUCUCCAGGGUUUGUAAUAGGCUCAGAGCAGCUUGUCUGUUCAUUUUGUAAUUCCAUUCGGUGAAAACACUUUGCCUUCAUGAAAUUUUAUGAAUCUUCAUGAAAUUUGAUGAAUAAAAUAAUAAAAAUCUCCAUACCAUUUCUUUAUUACUUUGAAUAUGACCUUUUACUUUAAAAAUAGUUGUAUUUCAUUGAUCAGACACAUAUAGAACUAAUAAAAAAAAAAACCUUUAUAGGUUUCACAGUACAGUACAAUGUAUCA